UCAAACUAAUCAUGGUAACAACUGUUUUACAGAUGGUGUUUUGGGCAGGGACUGGGCAGCGCUUUUGAGACCAAAAUUCAUUCUGGUUCUCACAGGCCGUCUCACAGCUUGUUUGCUUCUCAUAGUCGGGGCCUUGGCGCGAGAAACGAAGGGCCCCUCGUUUUUCGUGCCAAGGCCCCGCUUGCUAAGAGAAGCGAAUAGGGCUAUGGGGACGAGAAUGACGAAAAGUCUGAAAGUCUGUUUUAAGGUGGCAGUGGGUUGAUAACACCGGUCACUAAAUCUUAGCUCUCUUGCAACUUAAGAUCUGUUUUCCAGGCCUAAUGCUAUGAAAACAGUGAUCAUUAAUUCAUGUGUUUCUGAAAUACAGGAAAAAAUGAACAGUCCUUAAACCACAAAAAAUACGUAGUGUAUUUUCUGAUUCGGUGUUGUUGUUGCGCAAGAGUACCUGAAGCCUCUCUGUAGCGCGGCAGGUCAUUCUGUCUUGGAGAAGACUGAGGCCAGCUCGUCUCGAUUCCACAUCAGUUAGCUACAUCAUGAUCGAAGGGAGGGAUACGAUAGCCGUGAGUCCCUCUUUAGGUUGGCAUUUGCCGCACGAGUAGUUCACAAAUAACAGGGUGAAUCGGUGUAAAACAUUAGCAUACGGAUGGAUUCUCUAUAAACACAUCUGUCGCAAUAGACUUGUAAAAUGAACAGAGUACUUUUGUAGCUGCCUUUUAGGCUUUAUAGACAGCUUACUUAUAACGACAAAACAGCAAAGAAAUUGCCAUGGUCCGCACUAUUAACGUGAAAGGAAAUGCAGCGCGUAGUUUAAAAAACUUUGGAAAAGAUGUUAGUGGAGUUUAUCGUUCCAUUUUCGAUUGUAUUAUAAAAUUUAUUUUAAAAUAUUUUCAACAGGGUUUUGUUUUUGCAACACUUCUAUCUAAGUGGACAAAAGAUCACUGGAUUGUCCUUUUUGUGACAAGAAAAUGUCAAACUAACUUCAUGGAAAUGUACUGCGUUUUUCAGUUGGAAAAUUGUUUUCACUCUAGUAAAAACGUUUUAAAAAAGAAACAAGAUUGUACAAACCUCGUCAUAAAUGAAUUUUGGUUUGCUUGAUAUGGGCUAUUUACUGGUUUUUCUUACAGAAAAGGUGUACAGGUCGUGUAUUUAUGUAUGGGUGUUAUCGCAAUUUACGCGCAUUCAGUUUUAGAGGGACUCUUUAACAGGUGUUGUGUGUCCCUUGUCACAGCUAAGCAGGUACUAUGGGCCGUGACAAAACAUGAAGUUAGAUCAUCUCAACUGUGUACAAACUUCCUGCAUAGCGGCACUCUCCUUAGUUUGGAGUUCUUUCUAGCGCGUGAAAAUGUCUCAGGAAUCACUACAGCACGGAGGAUGUCAAGUUGGCGGUCUACCCCGCAUUCAGUGCAUGAGUUCCAGUCAACCAGACGGAGGGGAACUGGGAAUAUGUGGAAUCGUUAUUACCGUUCUGAGUUAUAUACUUGUCAUUGUAACAUUCCCGUUUUCUUUAUUUUUUUGCUUGAAGAUUGUGCAAGAGUAUGAGAGAGCUGUGAUUUUCAGACUUGGGAGGAUACUCCCCGGCGGGGCCCGGGGACCAGGUUUAUUUUUCGUUCUUCCUAAAAUCGAUCAGUACAGCAAAGUGGAUUUAAGAACUGUGUCGUUUGAUGUUCCUCCUCAAGAGGCUCUCACACGUGACAGCGUUACAGUUACUGUUGACGCAGUAGUGUAUUUCAGGAUCCAGAAUGCAACAGUGUCUGUAACAAACGUCUCAGACGCCCAAGGAUCCACCAAACUACUGGCCCAGACUACCUUGCGAAACAUGAUUGGUACAAAAAAUCUGAGUGAGAUCUUGAUGGACAGGGAAGGACUUAGUGCACAAAUGCAGCUGUUCCUUGAUGAUGCCACUGAUCCUUGGGGAGUUCGAGUAGAAAGAGUGGAGAUCAAGGACGUUCGCCUUCCAGUCCAGUUGCAACGUGUAAUGGCGGCUGAGGCAGAAGCCACGCGAGAGGCUCGUGCUAAGGUUAUCGCGGCUGAAGGUGAGAUGACUGCGUCACGUUCUCUGAAAGAAGCCGCUGACGUGAUGUCAGAAACACCAUCCGCUAUGCAGCUUCGUUAUCUACAGACUCUGAACACCAUCUCAGCUGAGAAGAACUCCACUAUCGUCUUCCCUAUACCAGUGGAUUUCAUGUCGACGCUUUUUAAGAAGUAAGAGCCCAAAUUGAAGCCGUGUUGAUGUUGUGAUGGAAAAGGAAAAACACAUACCAAACACUCCACCAAGUGCGAAAUUAAUAAAACCACACUUUUUGUGUUUAGUUUAUCUUUUACAACACAACAUUUGGUGUAAAACUUAUGUCAGUUGCAGUGUGACUACUCCGACGAAGUCCACUCACGAAAAUUCUUUGCAAAUUGGCCUGUAGUGUUUUUUGAAUGAUUUAGAAUAAUAACUGGGUAGAUGGUCACAGGAUUUCUUGUUUCUGUACAGUAACGUGCUUAACUGGCUGACAACUGAGGUUUUCAAUUGUCAAAUUUGCACAGCGUUUUUUCAGAUGGCCUUGGCGGAAAUAGUCACUUAACUUGUUCAUUGUGCUUAAAUGGCAAAUUAAUUUUGCCGCAAAGGGCGCUUUAAAACUGAACAUAAUAUCGAGUAUAAAGUUUGUGGUAAAAGCACGUUGGCUAACAAAAUUUGUAGUUAGAUUUUUACUUUUAUCCAAAGAAACGAUAGCAAAUAAGCCAAAUUGCUUGAAUAGUAUUAACAGGAAUUACUCUUGAUCAGUCAGUUAGUCAUGAUAAGAGUUACUCGUUUGGUUUUCAUUAAGCUCAAAUCAAUAUCAUUCUUGUAUGUAAACCAACAGUUUAUCAGAAUAGAGUGCUGAACAAGUUACGGCCCAGUCUAAUGAAAUUCUACUGUUUUCUUUGUUUAUCAACAUUGUAAGCUCAUUACUUUACCCAAAGUCUCCAACAAGGUAUUGCUAUCUAGCGAGGACAUGCUGAACAGUACUCGUUGUGCUUUACAAACUGAUCUUCGUUUUUCCCUAAUCAAUUUCUAGUUGAUCAUAAUGUAUUUGGCCACUCAGUCAGCGUCCGCAAUCUUUAAAUGAGUUUAAUUGAGAAUUUUUAAAUAAUUAAUUAGUGAACUUGCAUUUGUUCUCUUGAAUUUUUUUUUCAUGAAUUUUUAUGCUGUCUUAAUACGCUUUUCUAAAAAGACAAGGACCUUCUUAUCAUUAUUUUUCGUAGCUUUGUAUAUUUUAAUCGCUCAAUCCGAAUUGUAAAUAUAAAAAAAUCUUGUAAAAACACUGUCUGGUGUCUGUUAUAUUCGGUCAGCAGUAUGGCCCACUGUAGUUUUGAUCGAAAGUCGUUGAGGAAUGCCUUAUUUUAAUAGGAUUUAGCAUUAUGCACCAGUUAGAAGCAGCCUCGUUCAUCAAAGAACGAAAAACAGUAAUGGCGAAAUGUCCUUGGGAAAGAGGGACGUUUUAUCUGAAAUAUUUGAAUUAGAUAAUGUAUAACAUUUCUUGUACACACAUAAAGUCAGCGAAUAUAUAAAAUUCAAAAAUCUGUUCUUUAAUGAAAUGUUCAGUGGCGCAUGUUAACGCUUCACCGUGACGUGUUACCACCGAUCAUACGAUUGUUAAUAUUGUGUAACAGUUGAUUUGUUCAAGAACACAUUAGGUUGCCUAUCGCCAACGAGAAAAUAGGUUCUCAAAAAACACGAAUAUUAAUAUCUCAUCCUUGUAAAGAUUCCCAAUUUUUCUAAUGUAGUGGUUGCAUCAAUUUCAUUUUUAACUUUUCGUACACUUCAUUAUUACGUAAAAGUAAAGACAUCAUUGGCAUCGCUUUUGGCCGUGAGCAAGAAGUGGUUGUACAGAAAUACAUUAAAAUCUUUUAUUCACGCUUGUAUUUCAUUCACUUGGACAAUUCAUUGGUAAGUUAGUCUGUUAGAUUCAAAAUAAUAUUUC